AGAUAUUCUUGCAAUCUCUUGGAUUAAAGUUGCCUAACAAAUUAACUGAAUAACCAUCUGUCAUCCAUUCCAAAAUAAGAUCAUUCAUAAUGUAAAAAAAUCAGUAACAAUAUGAGAACAAGUUCUCUAAGUUCUAAUUCAAGAACUAGUACACCACCUUCUAUGGAAGGGAAACAUAGUCGUUUAUCUGCAUUGGGAAGGUUGUUUAAACCAUGGAAGUGGAAAAGAAAAAAGAAAAGUGAUAAAUUUGAACAAACUUCAAGAACACUAGAAAGAAAAAUAUCUAUGAGAGCUACAAAGGAAGAUUUGAUAAAGAAAGGUGUUUUAUUGCCAGAUGCAGAGAAAGAAAAAAAUGUUAACCUUCCACAAAAAGAACCUAUUAAUCAGAAUCAUACACCCCAAGCCAAUGGAUCAGUUACUAAAGAGGAAAAUUCAGUAUCCUACAUGCAAUCUGGUGGAUUUACAGAUGCAUCUCAGAGUAUAAGUAGGACUGGUUCCUCAGAAAAUAGUACAACAACUGUUUCAUAUAAAAAUAGCCCAUUUCUGAGUUUACCUGAUCUGGGAGAAGUAUCAUCUGGUGAAGGUGAACUGUUCCUAUCAACACUGCCUGAUCCUCCAAUUCCUGUUAAUGAAAUAGGACCUAUUCCACCUCCACCUAUGUUUUGCAAUCCUUCCCCUUUAGUAACAGUAAAAUUUUCAUCAGUUCAGUAUGAAGAUGAAAAUGAAGCAAUUGUUGUAGGGCAAUCUGAUGCUGCGGUUGAUACUUCUGUGGUUGAAGAAAUCCCAGCUAAAGAGCCCCAGUUAUCUGCAAUGCCAAAGAAAAGUGCAUUGAAAAAACGUUAUGGGUUGUCCUCGACUUUGCCUUCACAAGUUGUUCAAACAAGUACAGCUGCAAACCAAAACAUUAGUGAUGUUACACCUUUAUCAUCCCAAAAUAAGAUAAUUAAUUGCAUGCUUUUCCAGUUUAGUAAAUUACAAUCUCCUGUUAUAACUGUCACAUCAAACCAUAAAUACAACUCAGAAAAUAAAGAAAACCGUCCUGUACCAUUUAUAAAUAAUCAUUUGGGAGAUAAUUAUGAUAAUUCUGGAGGAGACAGUGAUUCAGAUAUUGAUAAUCCAAUUCUAUGGAGGGAUUAUUAUGGGAAUGAUGAACAAUGUCGUUUGGUUGCUAAACUAGCUAGGAAAGAUUCAUUAGCAAUGAAAUUAUCUCAAAGACCUGAUCUUCAAGAAUUAAUUGAUAAAAAUAUAAUUCAUAUUCAGAGUGAAAAAGAAAGACAAGAAAGUAGAGAAGCUGUGGAAAACAAAUUAAUCAGGUAUUCAAUUAGUUUUUAUAAGUUUUCCAAAAAUACUAUUUUUUAAGAAAGUUUUGUUAAUUUAUAAGUAGUUAUGCUAGAAAGCAUAUGUUUAAUAUAUCCAAUAACUUUGU